AUGUCUUCAGCGUUGUCCCGAUUCGUACCAUCUUUUCGGCCGCCAAGUCCGGAUCAAAUCAAGAAGUUCAUAGACCAAGUGGCUUCCAUAGAUCGUCUGCUGGUUUUGACUGGUGCUGGAGUGUCCACAGAAUCAGGGAUUCCCGACUAUCGCUCCGAAAAGGUAGGCCUUUACGAGCGCAGCAACCAUCGUCCUAUAACCAUACAAGAGUUUCUUGGCUCAGAAUCUGCUAGAAAACGAUACUGGUCACGUAACUUCUUAGCAUGGCCGAAUUUCUCACGUGCGACGUGCAAUGCAGCUCAUCGAGCGAUCGCAUCAUGGGAAAGAUCGGAUAAAUUUGUGUGGCUGAUCACUCAAAAUGUCGACGGUCUUCAUACUAACGUUGUCCCGAUUCGUACCAUCUUUUCGGCCGCCAAGUCCGGAUCAAAUCAAGAAGUUCAUAGACCAAGUGGCUUCCAUAGAUCGUCUGCUGGUUUUGACUGGUGCUGGAGUGUCCACAGAAUCAGAUACUGGUCACGUAACUUCUUAGCAUGGCCGAAUUUCUCACGUGCGACGUGCAAUGCAGCUCAUCGAGCGAUCGCAUCAUGGGAAAGAUCGGAUAAAUUCGUGUGGCUGAUCACUCAAAAUGUCGACGGUCUUCACACACUAAGUGGGGCCGGAUCGAAUCUGCUCACGGAGCUGCAUGGUUGUGCUCUUCGAGUUAAAUGUUUGGGCUGCGGCGAAAUGACGAAACGGGAAGAUCAUCAGCCUCGAAUGGAAGAGCUCAAUGCUGACUGGAUGAAAGCGCACACGGGCGGAGAACUUCGACCCGAUGGAGAUGUGGAACUCGAAGAGGGAGCGCAUGAGACAUUUGUUUUGCCGGAAUGUCAAAAAUGUGGUGGGAUUCUGAAAACAGAUGUUGUAUUCUUUGGAGAUAACGUGCACAGUAGUGAUGUGGAUGCUUGUUACGAAAAGGUUGAGGAGUGCACUGGCGUGCUGGUGUUAGGCUCAUCUCUCACCGUCAUGUCAGGCUUCCGCUUCGCCUAUCACGCUAGUCUCAUGGGGAAACCUGUGCUUAUUGUGAAUAUAGGUCCUACGCGAGCUGAUAGUUUCGCUGAAAUGCGUAUUAGUGCUCCAGUAACGGAGAUAAUAACAAAAUUAUAA